AUGGGAAAGCUUCGCUCAAAAGAUGGAUGGCUGAAUACAACGGCUUACCCGAGAACAGGCGACCAAGUCAGGCCAAUCUGUUCGCAGUGCCAGAAAAAGAACCGGCCAUGUCUUCGAGAAGAUCCAUCCAAUCGCAUCAGGAUCAAGCACUAUCAACCGCGAAAGGCCAGGGAAGAUCCCAAGGACGCCCCUGGCAAUGACCAGGAGGAAAUAUCUCACCUUCUAGAACAAGAAACUGCCGACACGGUGAUUGCUAAUGCAACCAGCCCUGAACAAAUUACCCAUCCAACCUAUGCCGAAUCCUGUAAUGACCAAUAUCGCAAUGCCCCGGUGACAUCACCAUACAGCACACAAACGUCUACUAUCCUCCCGGAACUCGCCAACGACUCUGUUCCCAUGCCUCUGAUGACCUCUCCAGGUUCGAUACAUGCAGGGACUCCACUGACGCACAGGGAAGCUUACCUGGUGCAUCACUUCGCAACGCACCUCGGGUAUUGGCUCGACUGUACCGACGCUUCCCGCCAGUUUACCCGGAAAAUCCCCAUCCUGGUCAAGCAAUCGCCGAUCCUGCUGCAUGCCGUACUUUCAUACGCGGCCCGUCACGUUGGGGAUGCCGAAAUGGCCGAACAGGCGCACGAGCGUUGUGUAGAGUUAUUGAUUCCCUCUCUGAGCUCGGAAAAGGUGGCCGACGAUGAUAUUCUGCUAUGUGCCAUUGUCAUCCUGCGGGUGUUUGAACAGUUGAACGUCAUGGUAACCGGAAGCGAUCAGGAGCGUCAUUUAGCCGGCUGCUCGGCUCUGCUUCGAGCGUCACAAGGACGGGAGGUGGAUCCAUCGACCCCAGGGUUGCGGCAAGCGGCUUUCUGGGUGUACAUGCGUCAGUGCCUGUACAAUGCCUGUAUACAUCAGCAGGCUCCUAACGUAGAUUUGGUGAACUUGGUUCUCAUCCCCCCGCCCCAGGGCGGAGGCGACCCUCUGAGCGAUCUGAGGUCGGAAACAGCCUGGGCCAACACCAUGACUUGGAUCUGUGCCACGGUGGUACACUUUUGCUUUGGGUCGAGUUACCCUGAGCCCUCCACCAGAAUACUCCGAUGGCAACAGCUAUCCGAGGCGGUUGAGAGUUGGUUGAGCACCCGACCGGAUACAUUUAACCCAAUCUGGUAUAGCGAAGCUGUCCCGGGGAGCGAAAACCCAUUCCCAGAGAUAUGGUUCACGGCGGACUGGCAUAUUAUGGCAUUUGGAUUUUACCAUCUCGCCUGUAUGCUCUUGGCCAUCUACAAGCCAUCACCUAGAUUUGCAGUGAGGGGACUACAUAGCACAGCUCAUCCGAGUCAUGAUGCACGCUCGCGCAAUUUGUGGGGCAUGCAACAGUUCCCCUUCGACGGUGCCAUCAUUGAUCACGCUCUGUCAUUCCACCUUUAUAUGGGGUCCCUUGAUGACAGAUCCAGCGGAAAGGGAAGGGGUCAUUAG